UCUUUCAACAGUUGACUAAUUUAACAAGGAGCACUUUUGGAUCAGUAGUUAUUGUGGUCACGUGAACAAUAAUUACACUUGCUAGAUCAAGUUUAUGCCUUACAAGGCUGGGCAAGUUAACAAGUUAUUUUAAUCAUGCAUUAACAUCAGAGUCACCAAAGACGAAGUCAAGCCUUUUCUCUGCUUUGUUUGAUUCUGUAUCCUGAUCUGAUGCAAUUGAGAACAGCGUGCUGAUGGGUAUUAGAGUGGUGGAACAAACAAACAUGUAGCUCCACUCAGAGUACUAGUAUGCCACUUGCAGAGGCAGAACUUAGGUGGGUAAAGUGGGCAUGGUUGGGUGAGGGGAGGUCAAACAGAAAGAUAUGCCAGUUGAUGACAAGAUUGUCAUCCUGACCGAUGAUGAUGAGGACGACAAGUCUGUGCCGGCGGAGGCAUUCAACAAGCUGUCGUUGCAGCAGAACAAUGUUCCUGAUCCCUCCUUUCCCUCCACCUCAGUCGAGCAGCCAGCGACCCUGCCGACCAGACCUUCCAGCUCCUUGGACUGCUGCAAAACAAUGUUCCUCCGCAUCAAUACUCACCUGCUCAUUUCUAAAAUCUUCUACUUCUUCUUCUACGCCGCCUACGGCUCACUGCACCCGCUGCUUGCCGUCUACUAUAAGCAGCUGGGUAUGUCUGCCAGUCGCAGCGGUUUGCUGGUAGGCAUCCGUUACUUCAUCGAAUUCUGCAGUGCGCCGUUCUGGGGCGUGGUGGCCGACCGCUUCAAGAAGGGCAAGGUUCUGUUGCUCUUCUCAGUCUUCUGCUGGUUGGUGUUCAACUGUGGCAUUGGCUUUGUAAAGCCGGCCGACAUGAAAUGUGUGGAGAAGGGUGCCGACGUAACAACAGCGCCCCCAGUAACCACAACUCUCCCACCUGGAAACUUCACACAGGAUAAUAACACAUCCGAGCGUGUCCGCCGCAGCCUCUUCGACCUGUAUUGGCUCACUGAGUUGCCCAACCGCAGAUCCCAGCGAAGUGUCAAUGAUACACCACCAGCUGUCAACACAACUACUACAACCACCACAACUGUUCCGACAGUCAUUUUGAAGGAGUACCUUAUAGUCUAUGACAGUUCUCAAGUGGAGAACAUCUUCCUCAUCAUUCUGCUGGUCAUCAUAGUCGGAGAGUUCUUCAGCGCUCCGGCCCUCACCAUGGUGGACACAGUCACGCUGAAGUACCUUGGCAAAGCCCGCGAUCGCUACGGCCUGCAGAGGAUGUGGGGAUCUCUGGGCUGGGGGCUCGCCAUGCUACUAGUGGGCAUCUGGAUAGACCACACUCACAUUAGCGUUGUGGUUGACGGUCUCGGCUGUAUUCUGCCAGAUGUCCGGCUGCGCAACUAUCAGAUCGCCUUCAUUGUCUUUGGUGUGCUAAUGGGUGCAGCGUUUGUUGUUGCAACUCAGUUCUACUUUGAAAAGGAGAUUGACUAUCGACAGGAAGUUCCAGAAGGUGUUGAAGUGGAGCCAGACACUGGGCAGGCGCCGGCCGAUUCCGAUCCAUCCAACAGUAGUGUCGUUGUCCAUCAGGAGUUCCACUUCACUGACCUUUUGAAGUUGCUCUGCAGUGUGCGCUACAGCUCUGUUCUAUUCGUGGCCUGGUUUAUGGGCUUCGGCUACGGCUUUGUCUUCAGCUUCCUAUACUGGCACCUGGAAGACCUUCACGGCACUUACACUCUCUUUGGUGUCUGCUCCGUCCUUAGUCACGUUUCGGAGCUCGCGGCUUACUUUACCAGUCACAAGUUCAUUGAGCUGGUGGGACACAUCAGGGUGCUCUACAUUGGCUUGGGCUGCAACACUGCUCGAUACUUGUACAUCUCAUACCUCCAUAAUGCCUGGACUGUGCUGCCAAUGGAGGUCCUUCAAGGUGUGACGCAUGCCUCUGUCUGGGCCGCUUGUAUUUCCUUUUUGAGCGCCGCCGUCCCGCCAGCUCUUAGGACAUCCGCCCAGGGCAUUCUGCAGGGUCUUCACCUCGGGCUCGGCCGCGGUUGCGGCGCCAUGGUGGGAGGACUGCUGGUUGGUUAUUUUGGCGCUGCAGUGUCAUUCCGGGGUAUUGGUAUGGCCUCCCUGGUCAUACUCCUCAUCUUCACCUUCAUCCAGUGUCUGACAGGCAAAACGGAAGAGAACGAGGACAAAAUGCUGGCAGAAAACAUUCCAGUCCCAUCCAGCCCUGUUCCUAUUGCCACCAUUGACUUAGUAGACAACCAUAGCACGAGAGAGAGCCCCCCUCUCAACAACCAGGUUGCCCCUCUCCCUGUGAAGAAGACCAAGUACCAAGAAGAGCAGGAGGACAUAGCCCGGACAGCCUGGGGGCUCUCUGGCGCCCCCUGGGUCACCAUCGCCUUCGCUAUCAUGCAAAUCACGGAGAUGGUGAACAUGGCCAAGAUUGGUCAGCCACCUCGUGAGACGCAGCCACUACAGGUUCCUAGUGAUGCAGCAGUGGUGGCUCACGGAAACGCUGGUGACAGCGAUGUCCCGCCCACACAUGGACCGGGCCCUACCCCUUCGGCGUCUACAGACUGACAAAGAUGACAUGAAAAAAAAAAUCUUUAGAUCUCAGUUGUUCAACUUCCUGUCACGUGAAGACUGGUAAAUACUUUUGCUGAUGUGGAAAUCUGUUGAUGUCAAUAGUAAGUUAAUUUGAUGGUGGUUUAAUUUAAGUUUAAUUUAAGAAUUUUGUCAAUGAAGGGCGGCAUUUUGAAGCUGGGUGCAUUUGUUUCAUGCAAAACCAGUUUUUAGAUCAACAUUCCUGUUGGCUUGACUAAAGUCAGUUUUACUCGCCUUAUCUUACACAUUCCCAGUAAAGCACUGUAAUGCUCAAAACUGUUUAUAUGCAUUCUAUCAGCACAUUCAUUUUUGAUGGUUUAUAUCUUGAAUUAGAGAUAUGGUGACUGCACUUUGGGAGAGAACCAUGCCAUCAAACACAGCUCACUGAAAGUGAACAUCUAAAAUCAAAUGCCAAAGAAUUCGAAAUGCUGUACAUGUGUUGCUGAAGGCCCAUUUCAUUCGUAUGUACAUAAAUGAUUCUUGUAAAUCACCAUGAUGUUGAUCAUUUUCACAAAAAGCCCACAAUGACCGUAAUAUUUUCAGAAUAUGAAAUCAUCUUUAUAAGCCAAGUAUGUUACAAACACAUGGUAAUUUGUCCCCGGUAUAUAGAGCUGCUCUAGUGUAACCAUCAGAGAAAAAAAGAAGCCACUUUCAUCAGAUUACAUUUAGAACGUAACGCAUAAGUACCAAGAGCCAUUUAGGUACAGUGAGGUGGAAAAAAGUAUUUAAUCAGCCACCAAUUGUGUAAGUUUUCCCACUUAAAAAGAUGAGAGAGGCCUGUAAUAGUCAUCAUAUGUAUACCUCAACUAUGAGAGACAGAAUGAGGAAAAAAAAUCCAGAAAAAUCCAUUUUUCAAAGAAUUUAUUUGCUAAUUAUGGUGGAAAAUAAGUAUUUGGUCACCUACAAGCAAGCAAGAUUUCUGGUUCUCACAGAGCUGUAACUUCUUAAAGAGGCUCCUCUGUUCUCUUCACUCGUUACCUGUAUUAUUGGCACGUGUUUGAACUCAUUCUCAGUAUAAAAGACCCCGCUCUACAAUCUCAAACAGUCACACUCCAAACUCCAAUACGGCCAAGACCAAAGAGCUGUAAAAAGGACACUUGAAACAAAAUAGUAGACCUUCACCUGGCUGGGAAGACUGAAUCUGCAAUAGGUAAGCAGCUUGGUGUGAAAAAAGAAACUGUGGGAGCAUUCAUUCAUUCAUUCAUUCAUUCAUCUUCCAUGCCGCUUAUUCCAGUUAUUAGAAAAUGGAAAAUAUACAAGACCACUGAUAAUUUCCCUCCAUCUGGGGCUCCAUGCAAGAUCUAAGCUGGUGGGGUCAAAAUGAUCACAAGAACAGUGAGCAAAAUUCCCAGAACCACAUCGGGCGACCUCGUGAACUACCUGCAGAGAGCUGGGACCAAAGUAACAAAGGCUACUAUCAGUAAUGCACUACGCCACCAAGAACCGAAAUCCUGCAGUGCCAGAGUUGUCCCCCUGCUUAAGUCAGUAUACGUCCAAGCCAAUCUUAAGUUUGCUAGAGUGCAUUUGGGUGAUCCAGUAGAGGACUCGGAGAAUGUCAUAUGGUCAGAUGAAACCAAAAAUGUAUAUUUUUUGGUAGAAAUGCAACUUUUUGUGCUUGGAGGAGAAAGAAUGCUGAAUUGCAUCCAAAGAACACUAUAUCUACUGUGAAGGAAGUGGUGGAAACAUCCUGCUUUGUUUUUCUGAAAAGGGACCUGGACAACAGAUCUGUGUAAAGGAAAGGGUAAAUGGGGCCAAAUAUCGUGAGAUUUUGAGUUGAAAACCUCCUUCCUUCAGCAAGGGCAUUGACGAUGGAACGUGGCUGGGUCUUAAAGCAUAACCAUGAUCCCAAACACACUGCCUGGAAAACAAAGGGGUGGCUUCGUAAGAAGCAUGUCAAGGUCCUGGAGUGGCCUAGGCAAUACCCAGGUCUCAACCCCAUAGAAAAUCUUUGGAGGGAGUUGAAAGUCUGUGUCGGCCCCAAAACGUCACUGCUCUCAAGAUCAUCUGCAUGAAGUAAUAGAAUAGAAUAGGAACGCCUUUAAUGUCAAUACACAAAGUGUCGUGAGAUUUAAAGCUGCCCCAUAGUUUGCACACACACACACACACACACACACACACACACACACACAUAGAAUGGAUUGAAAAGUAUGUACAAUCUCCAAUAUGCAAAAGAAUAUACACAACACAAUAGAAAAUGCAUCAGUGGGGAGUCAGUGACUUGUAAUAGUGAUACUCUUGUGGUAUAGGUAAGGUGACAUUUGAUAGCAUCAUUCAGUAAUAAAUAUUGGUUAUUAACAGUGCAAAAUACAGGUUACAGUUUACAAUAGGUUUCUCAAUGCAAACUAGAGUUGAGUAUUGUGACAGCUUUAGGGAAGAAGCGGUCUCUGAGUCUGUUUGUUCUGGCUGAUAUGGACCUGUAUCGCCUGCCAGAGGGUAGCAGGUUGAACAGAUGGAAGCCGGGGAGUGUAGUGUCCUAUAUUAUGCUUUUUGCUCUGUUCAGGCAUCUGGAGUUGUAGGUGUCAGUCAAGGAAGGCGGUGGCUUCCCGAUGAUCUUUUGUGCAGUGUUGGUCACCCUCUGCAGUCACUUCCUGUCUGCCACUGUGCAGCUUGAUUGCCACACUGACACAGUGUAGGUCAGCAGGCUCUCUAUGGUGGAGCGGUAGAAGGUCACCUGCAGGUUUGUGCUCAGUUGUUCCUUUUUGAGCACUCUGAGAAAGUGUAGUCGCUGCUGUGCCUUCUUGACCAUGGCUGAUGUGUUGGUUGACCAGGAUAAGUCCGCAGAGAUAUGGACCCCUAGGAAUUUGAAUGGCUGCACUCGCUCAACACAUUCACCGUUGAUGUACGGGGGGGCAGGUGUAGCGCUGUUUCUCCAGAAGUCCAGGAUGAGUUCCUUUGAAUGGAGAUGUUUAGUGCUAGGUUGUUGGUUGCACACCACCUCUCCAGGUUCAGGACCUCAUUCCUGUAGGCCUGGGUUAUCAUCCCACCACCGUUGUGUCAACAGCGAAUUUGACGAUGAUGUUCUCCGGGUGGGAGGGGCUGCAGUCAUAUGUGUGGAGCAAGUACAAGCGUGGGCUCAGCAUACAGCCUCGCGGUGAGCCAGUGCUGGGAGUGAGGGCAGAUGAAAGGUGGCGGCCCAGUUUCACCUGUUGGGGCCGGUUGAUUAAAAAGUCUUUGAUCCAUGAGCUGGUAUGGAUGGAUAUAAAUGGACCAAAAUACCAGUAACAAUUUGUGAAAACCUUGCGAAGACUUGUGAAGAAAAUGUUUAGACCGCUGUCAUUCCCAACAAAGGGAAUAUAACAAAGUAGUGAGAUGAACUUUUGUUCUUGACCACUUAUUUUCCACCAUGAUUUGCAAAUAAAUUAUUUAUCCCUUAACCCCUUAUAGCCUAAUGUAUCACAUUUGAUACUUAGAAUUUCAUUAUUUUGACACUAAUUUAGAAUUUUUUU